AUGGGUGAAUAUCAUCCUUAUCCCAAUGAAAAAUGCAGUGUCAGAGCUUGCGACUUCCGUCCAAUUAGCCUUAUCAACUACACUCUCAAAAUCAUCUCCAAACUCCUUUCUAACCACCUAAGUAAUGUGAUUAACUACUUGUGGAUUGGGAGUUCUUUAUUGAUGUCCUUAAAGCGAGAGGGUUUGGAGGACGAUGGACAUUGUGGGUUCUUAGCAUUCUCCAAAACUAACAUCCUCGUUAAUGGACUCUCAGCUGGUUAUGUUCAUCUCCUUUCAGCUCAUCACCUCCAAUUUCUACACAUCAUGCAUCAUCAUAAUCCCAGACUCUUCCUCUCAUUAGCUCUUCUUCUUCUUCUUCUACCUUGUGUCAUCAGCAUUGAUCCUCUCUUUAGUAUAUGCUCAAGCUCUGAUGACUAUUCUGUUUCCCAGACCUUCAAACACAACUUAAACAAGUUGAUGUAUACUCUUGCUAACCGAGCUCCGGCAAUUGGUUUCGGUCUUGAAUCAGUUGGCCAGGGCCAUAAUCAAGUUAAUGGUCUUGUUCUUUGCCGUGGUGAUCUCAAGAAUGCAGCCAGCUCGACAUGCAUCCGUGCUGCAGAAGCCCAUGUCCGCAAACUGUGCCCUUUCAAAAAGGAAGCCACCAUAUGGUUUGAUGCCUGCCUCUUUCGCUACUCGAAUAAUAAAUUCUUUGGUGAAUUAGACAAUAGCAACGAGUUCUGCAUGACCAACACUCUCAAUGUAUCCGUUAACUCUGUGGCAUUUAAUAUGAAAGUUACUGAGUUGAUGCAUAGAUUAGCACUGGCAGCUCAUCUUUCACCAUUACUGUAUGCCACCGGAGAGAUGGAGAUUGGAGAAUCAGAGAAGCUUCAUGGUUUGGUUCAGUGUACAAGAGACCUCUCUGGAGGAGAUUGCAAGAAGUGCCUUGAGAAUGCUAUUGGUGAGCUUCCUAGUUGUUCUUAUGGGAAGCAGGACGGAAGACUUAUGGGUGUGAGUUGUAACAUUAGAUAUGAAUUGUACCCUUUCUUUGAUGCUUAG